UGCCGCUCUCCGCCGCAGUCCCGCCGCUGCCGCCGGAGCCGUUGGUCCCGGCUUCCUGCCUGCGUCCUCGCCCGCAAUAUGCCUCCACUGCCCUCGGGCUGCUCGCCAUGCCGGGGACCUGCGGGCGCCUCUCCUCCUUGCUCCUGGGGCUGGCGGCCGCGCUGCUGCUGAUGGGGCAGCCACCUCUUGCCGCCGCCGCAGCUGCCGCCACCCGCCCGCAACAGCAGCGGGCGGCGCUGCCGGGGGAAGCCCCCGCCGCCACGGCGGCUUCAGGAUCUGUUUUUACGCUGAAAGUCCAAGUGAAUGACAUGAUCAGUCAUCAGUACCUGCCACAAGCUGUUGUGGAAGUGUUUGUUAACUACACAAAGACCAACUCUACUCUUACGGGAAACAAUGGAGCAGUGUUAAUAAAAGUCCCCUACAAAUUAGGCUUAAGCUUAACUAUUGUAUCUUACAAGGAUGGCUACAUGUUGACACCUUUGCCUUGGAAGACUGGGAGGAUGCCAAUCUACUCAUCGGUGACGCUCUCGUUGUUCCCACAAAGCCAAGCUAAUAUAUGGCUGUUUGAAGAUACUGUCUUAAUAACUGGAAAACUGUCUGAUGCCAAAUCUCAACCAAGUGUCCAGUUUCCAAAGUUUUUAAUAAAGCUUCCAACAAGUCACCAUAUUACAAACCUUACAGCCUACCUGACAGUGCCAGAGCAAUUCUUGAAAGUGGAUAGCUUCCUCUAUACAACAGGAAUUCUUCUAAAUAAAUCAGGUUUCAAAAGCAUGGAACUGGCUCCUCUUGCUGCAAUAUGUGUAAAUGUUCUUUUGGCUGGGAAAGAACUGAAAGUAAAUGGUCCCAUCCAGAUUACACUUCCUCUUCCCACCACUACUGUAAAAUCAGGAGAUGCUAUACCUGCAUGGACAUUUGAUAUGAAAACUGGUGCUUGGGUAAGCCGUGGCCUGGGAAUGGUAAAGGAGGCAGAUGGUCAGUUAGUGUGGACAUACACUGCUCAACACUUAGGCUACUGGAUAGCAGCUCCACUGCCUGGAACAAGAGAAUCCAUUAUUAGUGCAGUUUCCAAGGACAUCACAGCCUACCACACGGUGUUCCUUACAGCCAUACUGGGAGGUACUGUUGUCAUAAUCAUUGGAUUUUUUGCUGUUCUUCUUUGUUACUGCAGGGAUAAAUGUGGUCGGACACAAAAGAAGGAAAAAACCACAACGAAGCUGGAGGUCAUAAAGAAGGACCAGACAACGUCGACAACUCACAUCAACCACAUCAGCGCCGUCAAAGGGGCUUUAAAGUUGGAGGAUAAGCCCCAGUUGUACGGGCCCAAGGUUUCUUACAGCCCCCAAAGAAGGAUGUCCACAGACACAGAAGAUGGGAAAUCACGAGACAACUUUAAAAUCUACACAGAGGAUGCUUCUUAUCAGCCCUCCUGCCAGACCGAGCAGUCGAGAAAUUCAGCCCAUUCCCUGGAGCCCAGUGCUGGAGGCAGGCAUUUACAGCAGCCAAAGCAUAGCAGCAGUACGACUUCCCAGGCUCCUAGGGACGUUCAGGACCAAACCAGAUUCCUUACGCUGAAAGAGGACGUGUAUGGGCUUUCCCAUAUCCCAGAGCAUCUCAUGCACAUUUACAAUCAGCCCAUCGCCAUCCUCCAAACCUCGGACCUCUUCCACUCCCCGGAACAGCUGCACCCCGCUAAAUCGGCGACGUUGCCAAGGAAAGGGCAGUUAGUGUACAGCCCCCUGAUGGAACCCAUGAGUCGUGACAGCUACAUGCAGACGUUGCCCAAGAUGCCGGCGCACUCUCACCCGCAGCCUUCUGCCUGCAGGGAGGAAAGCGGCGCGCUGGACGGCGAGGAGGGCUUGCCCUCCCAGGCGGCAAGCUGGGGCCGCUACACUAACAGCCUGCUGGAGUCUGUCUCUGUUCCCGGGACGCUGAACGAAGCGGUCGUGAUGACUCCAUUUUCCUCUGAACUUCAAGGCAUUUCGGAGCAAACCUUACUGGAGCUCUCUAAAGGAAAGCCAUCUCCACACCCUCGAGCGUGGUUUGUUUCCCUGGACGGGAAGCCGAUCGCUCAAGUGAGGCACUCCUUCAUAGAUCUGAAAAAGGGCAGAAAGACGGAGAGUAACGACACCAGUCUGGACUCUGGUGUGGACAUGAACGAGCACCAUCCCAGCAGGAAACUGGAGAGAGAGAAAACUUUCAUUAAAAAUAUGCCACAUUCUAAGAUCCUUUACUUGGAAGACCUGGAUCUGAGUAGCAGUGAAAGCGGGACCACUGUUUGCACUCCAGAGGACCAGGCUGUGAGGCACAUUCUGGAUGGAGGGAGUGGGCCAGUCCUAGAACAGCACGAGGAGGAAGGCCUAAGAAAGAAAACUGUAUCAGGAGCUCAUGAAUCUGGUAUCCCUUCUGCUAAAAAAAGGGAUAGGCCAUCUAUCACAAAAAGAGAUAGCAAGACCAAUAUCUGGAAGAAAAGAGAGGAGAGGCCUCUUAUUCCUAUAAAUUAAAACACAAUGUGCUUUGUGUUGUUGCUCUCCCUGCUGGUUCUUGACCUUUUGGCCGCUUCUGUCAAUUUCUGCAGUGCUGGGUUUACAGGGGAAAUGUUGUUUUCUAGUAUCAAGAAAAGUUACAUUUGUUUUGAAUAUACAGAUCAAGUUGCUAAACUUCAGCUGGGCAACUGAUAUUCCACCUCCACUGAAAACAGGGAAAUGCUACUAUUAAAGUUCUCCAGUUCCUGGUUUUGCUGGCAGUGGGUAGGGAAGGCCCACGUUUUCAUUAGCCUGUCCUUCUUGGACACAGCUCCGGGAGUGCAGGGUGAGAAAUGCAGGCACGUGUUUUCAUUCUUUUUGUACUUGUUGCUAAUGCUUUGGUAGACCUUUUAAAGCCAUUCCUCAGCCUUGUUCCUGAUCUGUGUGACCAUCUGUACAGUAUUUUCUAUGUGAACUUUUCUAGGGGUCUGUUACUACUUUGUAUAAUGGAAAAAUGUUUCAUCGGUUAGUCCCAUGACACCAGCAGAUGAACUCUGUUGGAUUUAUCAGCAGAGCUCUAUAGCAUUACUGCCCUCCCUGUGUGCCCAUCCACCUACAGAAGGCUGCCCUUCCGUAGAGCAGUGGCAGAAGGGGAAAGUGCACAAACUCUGUGGCCACUGCAGUUCCUGGUCCCUGCUGUCUUAAGAUGCUGCCUGUCUGCUUUGUUGUGAGCUGCGAAUACUGAAGACUGACAUCUGCUGUGGAGUGUCCACAUCCAGCAGAAAGGACUGAUUCUAGUAGCAUUUGAAGCUGCUG